UUAUAAAUGUAUAUGUAUGUAUGUUCAAAUAGCAGAGUUGUUUGUUCAAAUGCAGUGUUGCAGGUAUUCUUGGGGGGUGUUCCGUGGCCGAGCUGCUACAACCCCGCCUCCACAGAAAGUUCCUGCCUGCUGGAGUCCUCCUCYUCCUCCUCCUSCUCCUGCUCCUCCUCCUGCUCCAGACCCGGGUCCACCGGCUUCUUGGUUCCACGUCCAGCCAGGCUGCAGGUCUCUGUCCCGGCAUGGCGUUCCCAUCUAUCCUGGUGUUUCUGGUCCUCUCCGUGCAGCUGUGCAGUUCGGACCCGGACCUGAGGGGUUCGGCGGUGGUUCCGUACGACUUCCUGUUCGACUCGGCGGUGGAAGCCUACAACAAGGGGGACUGGCUGUCCGUCAUCCUGAACAUGGAGAAGGCGCUCCGGAACAAAGCCACGGUYCGCAGGGUCAAGGCUCGGUGCCGGCUCAGCUGCGCCAACAGCACCGCCCUGGGUGAGCCCAUAGCCGGCCUGGGAGUUCCCGUACCCGGAGCGGGUUCGGUGGAGGACCUGGGCUUCUUCCAGAAAGUCCUGAGGCGGGCAGACUGCGUGAGCGGCUGUGAGAAGGAGAAGCUCGGRUCUUCAUCUCUGCAUCAAGUCAGUGAGGAAGUGGAGCUGGAGUUCAAGAAGAGGACCCCCUAUAACUAUUUACAGGUCGCAUAUUUCAAGAUCAAUAAGCUGGACAAAGCGGUGGCAGCUGCCAACACGUUUUUCCAGGCCAAUCCAGAUCACUCAGAGAUGAAGCAGAACCUGGACUACUACAAGAUGAUGGCAGGAGUACAGGAGGAGGACUUCAAAGACCUGGAGACAAGUCCACACAUGGCCGAGUUCCUGCUGGGGAAACGGCACUAUAGCGAUGACUCGUUUGGACUGGCGGCUGAACAUUUUGAGGCGGCCCUGGAGGAGUACUUCACCGCUGACAGGGAGUGCAGAGCUCUGUGUGAGGGAGCCUACCGCUUUGAUGGCUACACCUACAUGGAGUACAGCGCAGAUCUGUUCCAGUCCAUGACAGACCACUACCUGCAGGUUCUGAACUGUAAGCAGCAGUGCUCUGUGGAGCUGGCCUCGGCUGCUGGCAGAGACAAACCUUUUGARGACUUCCUGGCUUCACAGUUCAACUACUUGCAGUUCUCCUACUUCAAUAUUGAGAAGUACGAGCAGGCCAUCGAGUGUGCCAAGACCUUUCUGUUGUUCCACCCGGAGGACCAGGUGAUGAACCAGAACCUGAACUAUUAUUCUGUUGUGCUGGGAGAAGACAAGGCCAGGCUAAUCUCAGCCAGACAGGUGGUGAAACAGUACAUCCAGCAGUCCAUACUGGAAAAGGAACUGCUCUACUUUGGAUAUGAAGCGUUUGGACUCACCUUCGUUGAUCCGGACACAUGGACUCCUGAAAAUGUGAUGCCAAAGAAACUCAGAGACAAACAGAAGGCUGACAGAGAGACUGCAGCGAGGAUCACAGAGGAAAUAGGAAACCUAAUGAAAGAGAUCGAGACUCUGGUUGAGGAGAAGAAGAAGGAUUCUUCAGAUAUGGCUAAGAUAAUUGUGCCACAAGGUGACGCUCCAAUGUACGAUGACAUCAAGGUGACCAUGACGUCGGAGCAGCUGAAUGGCUCGCAGCGCGUGCUGCUGGAUGGUGUGAUCAGCGAUGAUGAAUGCAGGGAGCUGCAGCGCCUCUCCAACGCGGCUGCUCUGAAAGGAGACGGCUACAGCGGGCAGCCAUCUCCACACACGCCCAGCGAGAUGUUCCAGGGGGUUACCAUCCUAAAGGCUGUCAAGCUCGGACAGGAGGGGAGGGUCYCUCUGAAGAGUGCUCGUUUGUUCUUUGACCUCAGUGAGAAAGUGAGGAAGGUUCUGGAGUCAUACUUCGGUCUGGACUCUCCGCUCUACUUCUCCUACUCUCACCUGGUCUGCCGUUCUGCCAUUGACGGUAAGACCAAGAAGCAGGAGAACCGAGACAACCUGAGCCACCCUGUUCAUGUGGACAACUGUGUGCUGAUUUCUGAAUUAAACCAGUGUAUCAAAGAACCCCCUGCGUAUACGUACAGAGAUUACAGCGCCAUCCUAUAUCUGAACGAUGACUUUGAAGGAGGAGAGUUUAUUUUCACAGAGCUGGACGCAAAAACUGUCACGGCCGAGGUUCAGCCACGCUGUGGACGUGUUGUUGGGUUUGGUGCAGGGAAGGAAAAUCCUCAUGGUGUCAGAGCUGUCACCAAGGGUCAGAGGUGUGCUGUAGCUCUGUGGUUUACACUCAAUCCUGCUCACGAGGAAAAGGAUAGAAUCCAAGCUCAGGAGAUGCUGAAGAUGUUUUCCACCCCUGUGAAUGUAGAGUUCAGCCAAAAAAAUACAGAAGACUCUUUAGAGGUGGACCAGGUGGCAGCAGACAAAAACCAAGACAGCACAACAACAGAACCAAAGCUGGACUCGUCCACAGAAGCAGAAAAACCAAAGAACACAGCUCAAAUAAAACCCAUCUCCAAAAAGUCCAAUAAAGUCAAAGGUACACCAAAAUCGAAGGCCAAAGAUCAAAGCAAGUCCAAACCUGCUGCUAAAAAACAGACAGUGAAAACACAAAGCAAGCAGGUUAACAAACAGGACACAAGUUCAGCUUCAACACAAUCAGAAACAAUUUCUUCAGAGAAGAACUCAGCAUUAGACUCUGAGAGCAGCAAGGACGAGCUGUGAUCCCAGUCUGGAUCUUUUGUUACAAUCAGUCUCUUUGGGUUUUAAAUAAAAAAAAAACUUUUCUGAGUACUUUUUACGGA